AUGGCAAACACAUCCGAUACCACUCCUCUCCUCGCCGAUUCGGAGCCACUCGAGGCCGGCGAGUACCAACUCCCUCAAGAUGGAACUAUCACCACCCCUGUUCAACGGAAACCAACAGACUACCGAAAAACAAUAUUGCUCACUCACCUAGCAGCGGCCCUCUCCAUAGUCGCCUUUCUUUUUGACCUAACGGUUAUCUGUAUCGAUUUUGCCAGUCCGGGCGGCUUCUAUUUGUUCUGGAACCUCCGUGAGCGACUCCAGAUACUAUUUGCCAUCAGCAUCAUAACUGCCGUAACCGCAUUUCUGAACCUAUCCCGCCUUAGGCACACUCGUCAACCUCUCUGGCUCUGGCUAAACCUGAUCAUCGACGCCGUGAUUGGGGUCUACACCGUCUGCACAGCGCCAGAUGCUCUGGUUCUGAAUUUCGACCAAACGCCCGACUCGUGGCUUCCUGACUCCAGGGCUGCGCAGACUGCACAGGCCGUUAUUGUGCUCUUGGGCAUUGGACUGAUCGCUGGGCUUGCUGCUGGAUUGGCACAUUUGGUUCUUUUCCCCGUGCGCUGCUACGCGUCCUUUGCGAGCCAGUCAUGGCAGACUCCCCAGAACUGGAGACUCCCCGGUGGCGAGUUUAAGAUCGAAUUUAGCAUCAAGUUUUUGAGGCAGGAUGAUGGGAGAGGUCCUUCUCGCGAUGCUGCAGUGUAA